GCGGCCCGGAGGGGUGUGUGCGGGGGGCCGGAGGCGGCUGUCACUGUCGGCUCAGCCUGCGCCGGGGAACAUUGGCCGCCUCCAGCUCCCGGCGCGGCCCGACCCGGCCCGGCUUAGCCGCCUCAGACAUCCGCCUGUCAUGGCAGUCAUGAGGCCUUCCUGGUAUCCCCUGCACACACCCUCCCUGACAUCUCCCCUCCUCUUCCUCCUCCUCUCCCUCCUGGGAGGAGGGGCAGGGGCUGAGGGCCAGAAAGACCUACAGCUGCUGGUGAGGGUUCGAGGGGGCCAGCUGAGGGGCAUUCGCCUAAAGGCCCCUGGGGGCCCAGUCGCAGCUUUUCUGGGCAUCCCCUUUGCAGAGCCACCUGUGGGCUCGCGUAGGUUUAUGCCACCAGAGCCCAAGCGGCCCUGGUCAGGAGUGUUGGAUGCUACCACCUUUCAAAAUGUCUGCUACCAAUAUGUGGACACCCUAUACCCUGGGUUUGAGGGUACUGAGAUGUGGAACCCCAACCGAGAGCUGAGUGAAGACUGCCUGUAUCUUAAUGUGUGGACACCAUACCCCAGGCCUACUUCUCCCGCACCUGUCCUCAUCUGGAUCUAUGGGGGUGGCUUCUACAGUGGAGCAUCCUCCUUGGACGUGUAUGAUGGCCGUUUCCUGGCCCAGGUUGAGGGGACCGUAUUGGUAUCUAUGAACUACCGAGUAGGAACCUUUGGCUUCUUGGCCCUUCCGGGCAGCAGAGAAGCCCCUGGCAAUGUAGGCCUGCUGGAUCAACGGCUUGCCUUGCAAUGGGUACAAGAAAAUAUUGCAGCCUUUGGGGGAAACCCAAUGUCAGUGACUCUGUUUGGGGAGAGUGCAGGUGCAGCCUCGGUGGGCAUGCACAUUCUGUCCCCGCCCAGCCGCAGCCUCUUCCACAGGGCUGUCCUACAGAGUGGUACGCCCAAUGGGCCCUGGGCCACCGUGAGUGCAGGAGAGGCCAGGCGCAGGGCCACACUGCUGGCCCGCCUAGUGGGCUGUCCCCCAGGUGGCGCUGGUGGCAAUGACACAGAGCUGAUAGCCUGCCUGCGGACUCGGCCAGCUCAGGACCUGGUGGACCACGAGUGGCAUGUGCUGCCUCAAGAGAGUAUCUUCCGAUUUUCCUUCGUGCCUGUGGUGGACGGGGACUUCCUCAGUGACACGCCAGAGGCCCUCAUCAAUGCUGGAGAUUUUCAAGACUUGCAGGUGCUGGUGGGUGUGGUGAAGGACGAGGGCUCCUACUUUCUGGUUUACGGGGUCCCAGGCUUCAGCAAAGACAAUGAAUCUCUCAUCAGCCGGGCCCAGUUCCUGGCUGGGGUGCGGAUCGGUGUACCCCAAGCAAGUGACCUGGCGGCCGAGGCUGUGGUCCUACAUUAUACAGACUGGCUGCACCCUGAGGACCCUGCCCACCUGAGGGAUGCCAUGAGUGCAGUGGUAGGCGACCACAACGUUGUGUGCCCCGUGGCCCAGCUGGCUGGGCGACUGGCUGCCCAAGGGGCCCGGGUCUAUGCCUACGUCUUUGAACACCGUGCCUCCACAUUGACUUGGCCCCUCUGGAUGGGGGUGCCCCAUGGCUAUGAAAUCGAGUUCAUCUUUGGGCUCCCCCUGGACCCCUCGCUGAACUACACCAUGGAGGAGAGAAUCUUUGCUCAGCGACUUAUGAAAUACUGGACCAAUUUUGCCCGCACAGGAGACCCCAAUGACCCUCGAGACUCCAAGACCCCACAGUGGCCACCGUACACCACUGGAGCGCAGCAAUACGUGAGCCUGAACCUGAGGCCCUUGGAGGUGCGGCGGGGGCUGCGCGCCCAGACCUGCGCCUUCUGGAAUCGCUUUCUGCCCAAAUUGCUCAGCGCCACUGCCACGGAGGCUCCCUGCACCUGCCCAAGCCCCGCCCAUGGGGAGGCUGCCCCGAGGCCCAGGCCCGACUUAUUCCUGCCCUUUCUCCUUCUCUUCCUUUUCCUCCUCCACUCCCGGCUUCCGUGGCUGUGACUACAGCCUCUUCUCUCCUCUGGCCUCAGAGGACACUUACUCUAGUAUGUGGCUGGAAGGAAAAGAGGGGCCCCUUCUAGGGAUACAGCACCCCCUCCCUUCUCAAGCCGAGACAAACUGGACAAAGUCAGUUUAAGCGAAAAUCCAAAAACCAGUUUUCUUUUUUUUAAUUUAAAAUUAUCACCUGGAAAUUGAGCCUGAUGUUGAGGGAAGAAGGACCCGGGGAUAGACAGCGUCAGUCAAUGGGGCUUAUAACCGCCAACCAUUUCUGUGUC